AUGAAGAGGGCUCUGGUGAGGGACUGUCGAAAGGACACUCAAUUUGCGAGUGAGAUACUCUCGGAGUUAGUCUCGUUGCUUCCGCGAUUCACCCUGAUAUGGGCAUUCUUCAAGUGGAGAAAGUUAGUAUCCAAGCAUUCGACGCAGGAAGCAAAGGACUUGGGGUCGUUCAUGGCGGGCGCGAUGAAUGGGGCGUUGGGUGUGUUGCCUGAGCCUGGGGAGCAUGACAAUGCGGAGGCCAUUAAGUUGGCGAAGAAAGCUGUGGCUGCAGCUGUAAAGGCGAAGCAGGAGGCGUUGCAAGCCAAGGCAGCGGAUGAUGCGAUCCGAGCUAGGAUGUUUGAGUCGGACUCAUGCCGUGUGCCCCAGAGGAGGAAGCUCAGGUCGUCAAGAUCUUGA